AUGGCGCUGGCUACUUUCUUAACCGUGUUCUUUCUAACGCUUCCCUUUACGUUGGCCCACUCAUGGGUCGAGCGAUUGAGGCGCCUUGACUUGAACGACACUAUGGUUGGUGAUGUAGGGUAUAUGCGUGGCGCCAUGUCUCGUGUUGACCUAGCAUUUAAUGACCUGAAACAACAAUACCUACUGCCACCGGGCGGCCGGGACGCGAGCCUGGGAAUUAUCCCCUCUGAUUCUAUGUGUAGGGAUACUCUGCAAGUCGGGGACUUUAACUCGACGUCCCCCCCGCUACAAGCGCGGCCGGGUGAGCACAUCGCUCUCCAAUACCAAGAAAAUGGGCAUGUUACUCUUCCUCAAAAUACCCCUCAGAAGCCCCCUAACAGUACCGUAUUCAUCUACGGCACGUCAAUGCCUUCUGACAAUGACAUUCCUUUCCAUUCAUCGUGUUUGGAAUACUAA